AACGAUUCAAGCCCUUCUUAGACUUGACACAUUAAUAAUUGUUUCACUUUACUUAAAUAUUUUUAUUUAAGAAAUAAACCUAAGUAUAGUUCAUUAGUGUAACACAAAUUACAUUAAUCAAUUCACUUAUUAAAUGUAUUUAAGACAGAGCAACUCAAAAUGAAUUGUUUUCAUUUGGGACCGCCCCUUUGCACAUCACCUUUGCGCAUGCACAAGAUCCGUUCUGUCAUUUGCCGCCUUUUGUCUAACACUGACGGUGUGAAACUGACGGUGGAAAGUCUAUUAUUUGGUAAGUAUUUGUUUUUUCUAGUAGUUUAGAAUGUUCCCUGUUUCCAAGUAGGCCUAAUGCCUUUUCAUUAUAUCGACAAGAAUAUUUGAAACCACCGUGUUAUAUUUUGCUCCGUUUUUAGUUGGGUCUAAACAGCAAGCUAGCUAGCUUGCUAGAUAUGGUUAGCAUUGAAUACUGGAUAGUAGAGAUCAUUAGAUUAUAUUAAAUUAGAUGUCACGUUAUUGUCAUUGAACACAGUACACCGAAAUUCAGUUUAAAUUCAACCAAAAAAUGCAAAGAGUAAUUCAAGUGCACGAGGUAAAGCUAGCUAGCUGGAUAACUGGUUUGUUAGCUAGCUUGCUAGAUACGGUUAGCAUUGAAUACUGGAUAAUGGAGAUCAUUAGAUUAUAUUACAUUCGAUUUAACGUUAUUGUCAUUGAACACAGUACACCGAAAUUCAGUUUAAAUUCAACCAAAAAAUGCAAAGAGUAAUUCAAGUGCACGAGGUAAAGCUAGCUAGCUGGAUAACUGGUUUGUUAGCUAGCUUGCUAGAUACGGUUAGCAUUGAAUACUGGAUAAUGGAGAUCAUUAGAUUAUAUUACAUUCGAUUUAACGUUAUUGUCAUUGAACACAGUACACCGAAAUUCAGUUUAAAUUCAACCAAAAAAUGCAAAGAGUAAGCGCCGCCAUUUUCUAUCAUAAAGCUCAGCAGGUCUGUCCAUCUCUCUCCUGGCCUUAGUGCAGGCAGAGGAGGACAGGCGGAGCCACUCGUUUCUGUAGGAGUUCAGUUGAGUUUAGUUUUUUACUGCCAAAUAUUUAAUAUAAAUAAUGAGAUAAUAUAUAUAUGUGAAUCUUGUAUGGGUUACCUCACUCACAAGCAGGCACCCAGAGUUGUGCAGAAACGUAGGCCUGCUUUAUAAAACAUGUCUACUAGACUCUUAAUUUUAAAGUGUGAUCUGUUAUCAUUUUUUUUUGGGUUGUGCAAUCUUAGGCAAUUAUGUGUUGUCUGUGAAAAUUCAAAUAUAUAAGCAUUUUAAUCACACCUCUAAUAUAUUUAUGUUGUCUUUUGCAGUUUGAUCAGCAUUAACAAGCAUCUUGGGGCAACCUCUUAUUUAUGGUUAUGCAUGUGGCAGUGCAAACACUGCAGUUUGGAACUAGCUAGCAGGUGUCCUUGAACAUAUUGAAACGCAACAGCGGCUAUUGGCUGUUCCCCAAGAGUACAGAACUGUAAGAGACGGUGAGUACUAUAAACAGAAUUCGUUUUUUUCUGAUGAAGGUUUGAGAAUCUCUGUAAAUCUUUAUGUUGAUGAUUUUGAGAUUUGUAACCCUCUUGGGACAUCUCGAAAGACACACAAACUUUGUGGUGUAUAUUGGGUUUUGGGUAAUUUGCCACCAGGUUCCCAUUCAACACUAAACUCAAUCUAUUUAGCUGUUCUAUGCAAAUCUGAUGAUGUUAAGACCUAUGGCUAUGGAAAAGUGUUGGAGCCUCUCUUGCAAGACUUAAGCAUAUUAGAACAGCACGGUGUAUUUAUAUCUCAGCUUGGUCAGUUUGUUAAAGGUUCUGUCCAGUGUGUUAUAGCUGACAAUCUUGGAGCCCAUGGGCUCGGGGGAUUUGUUGAGAGUUUUUCAGCUGGGUCAGUAUGCAGGUUUUGUAUUGGAGUCAAAUCAGAUUUUCAGACUAAGGAUGUCCAGUCAGGUGCUUUCCAACUGAGAACAAGAGACAUCCAUGAUGUUCAUGUCCAGUCUGCUCAGGAGAAUGCAACUAUUUGCUGUGGUGUAAAAAAGCAGUGUGUUUUAACAGAGCACCUUUCCCAUUUUCAUGUAACUACUGGUUAUCCUCCUGACAUUGUGCACGACCUUUUUGAAGGUGUUGUACCAGUUGAACUGGCUCGUUGUAUGAGUUUGUUGAUCUCCAAAAAAUACUUCACUUUUGAAAGGCUCAACACAUUGAUUCAGACAUUUCCGUACAAAUGGGGGGACAGAACCAAUCGCCCCCAUGCCAUACCACGCUCUUUCACAUCUAGAAACACAAUAGGUGGCAAUGCGCAUGAAAACUGGACCUUAAUAAGACUGCUUCCCUUUGUGAUUGGGCACAUUUUACCAGAAGAUGAACCAGCGUGGCAGCUAAUUCUAGAUCUUAAGGACAUAGUUGAGUUGGUUGUGGCCCCUGUUCACACAGAUGAGACCAUUGCUUAUCUUGAAGCCAAGAUCUAUGAUCAUAGGCAGCGCUAUCUUGAACUCUUUCCACAUGUAAAGCUCUUACCAAAACAUCACUUUUUAGAGCACUAUCCGCAAAUGAUUCGUUGCUUCGGGCCUCUAAUUGUACUGUGGACAAUGAGAUUUGAGGCUAAACAUAGCUUCUUCAAGCAGGUUGCUCGUCACACCAAUUGCUUUAAGAACAUACCUCGUUCACUAGCUACUAAACACCAGUUCAUGCUUGCCUAUCACACACAUUCCUCCAGUGUCAAGAAGUCAUCCUUGGAGGUCACACAUGUCUCAAUCCUGCCUGUUGAUGUCCUUAAUGAGGGAGUCGUGUCUACACUGAAACAAAGUUUCCCAGAUGUGACUGAGGUUCAUAUGGCAAACAAUGUGUCUAGCUUGGGUAUACGUUACUGCGAGGGGAUGAUUAUUGUACACGGAUCUGCAGAUGGACUGCCUAAAUUCCAUGAGAUCAUUAAACUUUGCAUUGUUAAGGAGAAGUUGUGUUUUCUGGUAAAAGACGCAUGUGCUUGGUACAGAGAGCAUUAUGGUGCUUUUGAGCUGUCUGCCUCGCCCAAUACAGAGGUUGCCGUUAUUGAGCUUGCUGACUUGGUAGACCCCUAUCCCCUUGUUGACUACAUGGUUGGGAGUUUGCGCAUGGUAAUGUUGAAAAGAUUCAUCAUUGUUAAAGAUUAAAAGGUGUUCCAUAAUGGCAGGUCGGGCGCUUCUGCGCAUCAUCUUUGCCGACCAGUCUGACUCUAGAAAACUGACCCUGGAUUCGGGAAUCCCAGCAACAGUUGAAGAACUGCACACAUUUGUCAAGACAUCUCUUCAAUUGAAAGAGGACUUCCGUCUGCAAUACAUGGAUGUUGACUUUAACGAGUUCAUGAAUCUUACAUCAGUGUCUGAAAUUCAGGAUAAAAGCACACUGAAAGUAAUUUACUCUCCUAUAUUGUCAAAUAUUGAGCCCUCCAUCACUUUGUACACAGUUGACUCAUUUGAUAAGACCUCAAUUACUGGAAGCUCAGAGCCUCUAAUCCCUGAAUCAUCAAUAGCCUCAUGCUGCAGUGAUGAUAUGGUGUAUACGUCAACCCCGCAUCCAUCCCCUGAAGCUCAGGCCUCACAAUUGUUAUCCUGGCCCACAGUUUUUGUGGUUCCUAAGCUCACCUACGAGGCUGAAUUUGAGCUUCAUCUAAAGAAUGCAGAGUUUGAGACAACUGGUACAUACUUCCAGCCUGGCCUAAAGCUGAAAGGAGUCAUUCUUGAUGGCCUAGCCCAAGAAAUGAUCAAAUUCACAAAAUAUCCGAAAGACUAUCAGUGUGAAGAGGUAGCUGCAGCGUUGACGAGGGCCCACCCUUGUUUGGGGCAGCUAGGAUCCAAGACAGGAUUUGGGGGGUGGAAACAGUCUCUUAAGUACAAAAUGCAAAACUAUCGUACAAAGCUUGGCCGUCUUGGACAUCCUGAAAUCCUUGUGAACUCCUUAAAGCACAAGAAAACAGGCCAAGGCAAAGCUGCAGCAAACAUAAAAAAACCAAGAAAAGCUGAAGUAAACUACAUUCCUCUGCACCCAAAAGGCGAAACCACAGAAAGCUUGGAGAACGAGAGAAUUGCCUUAUUGUCAGAACUGAAAAAGCGUGACAAUGAAGUGGUGAUAAAAGCAAAAAUGGAAAAAACCUUCUCCCACAGACGCCUUGAGAUUGUGGAGCAAAGGCCUUUGAUAGGGGACUUCAAAUGCAGAUGGCCUGCUCUGUUUCAGCAGAGUGAAGUGAAUGCGGAGUUUUUGAGGAUCACAACAUCACCACUUCAAUCAAAGUUCAUGUGGCAGCUGGACCACUUCUCAGACAAGCUCUUGAAGAUCUUCAAGACCAAAGGAGGAGUGAAGGGGCACAAAAUCAAGGAAGCCCUUGCAAUAUCAGAUUCGUUUGAAAACAUCCACAUCAAGAGGGGGUGCAUCCUGCGAAGCAUCGCGAUCUACCUCAACGAGGAUCCAGACUCUUUUUUUAAGGAGUAUCAGGCCUCUGCCUCUGAAGAUGCCAAGAGGGACAUGGCAAACACAGUCAUGGGCAUAUACACACUUCAAAGAGAUGUGGAUGGGCAGCCAGAGGACGUGGGAAUUGUCAUCGAAGGCAAUAUAGUCAUGGACAACUUGGGCAGCGUGAUUGUGGGGUUUGUCAUGCUAUUGGGACUUAUUUAUGCCCUGGAUUUGAGCUUUCCAGACAACCUCAAACACACCUUCGAGUUCAUGCAGAAGGUAGUGAUGAAUCUGGAUGGGCACAAGCUGAAUGGUAAAAUCGAAAGUCUGAAGAUCAAGUUGUUCGAUUGAAAUGUGAAAAAGAAGUGACUCAUGAGUUCAUUGUUGUCAUUUUAUUCACGAGUUUCCUAGUCAGAGCAGAUUGAGCCGUUAUAUCAAUCAUUUGUUCUGUGCUUUUCUGUAUUUGUUUCAACACACUGUAACACUAUUUCCAUAUGUUGGUGUUUGCAGUGCACUCUUUAUGUUAUGUGUUAUUGUCCUGUUAGAAGAGCAGUGCAUACCCCUGUUAUAUUGUAUUCAUUGUAUUUGGCAAAGGGAGAUUUGUAAGUUAAUUAUAGGAGUUCCAUUUCUCUGCCAUUUUAAAAAUGGUAUUAUCUUUCAGAAAUGUUUUUCAUCUUUCAGUGUGAAUUCAUUCAUUUUUAAAACACUGUAUUGAAUGGAAUGGAGGAUUGUUUUGAAUAAUGUGAAUUUAAAAAUAAAAAAAACUAAACCAUGUUUUCUAUCAUGUGUAACACAUUUUUAUUAAAUUAUAUUUAACCUCAUUAUUUCAUUUUCAAUUAAUUAAAUAGGAUUUAGGUGGACUAGCAUUAUUUAAAUUCAUAAAGGUAAUGUUAUCAUUUUACUUAAACUCUAUUUGAAAAAUUUGAGUUGGACUAACUCAUUUACAUUAUACUGCAUGGAUGCCAUUAGUUUGAGUUUGUGCCACAUAUAUUUAUUGGAUGGAAAACCUGCCAACAAUAAAAUUGAGUUAAUCCAAUGAGUUAUUUCUUU